GCCGAAGGGUGAUGCUCCAAGUGCACCCCGGGUGUGGGGCUGGGCCCCUGUGGCAGCAGGGACAAGCAGACAGUGCUGCAGCAACCAGGGCAGAUGGGAGCUGAGACACUGGUGGGCACGGCAGGACCAGGGGGCAGCCCUGGGGCUGUGCAGCGCUCCCCUCUCCAGCACUGCCGGCUGCCCUGCACUGAUGCUGCCCAUUGCUCCGGCAGCUCCAGCGAGCUUCCUGCCUCUUGCUCCUGCUCCUGCUCUGCUCCCUGGCCGCUGGCCGGCAGAGUCUGCCCGAGUGCUGCCGGCAGAAGACCUGCUCCUGCCGCAUCUAUGACCUCCUGCACGGCAUGGGCAACCACGCCGCCGGCAUCCUCACGCUGGGCAAGAGGAAGAGUGUCCCGCCGGCAUUCCAGAGCCGGCUCUACCGCCUGCUGCACAGCUCUGGCAACCAUGCUGCUGGCAUCCUCACCAUGGGCAAGCGCGGGGAGCACCCUGGCACCGCCUGCCACAAUGCAUUGGGCUGCCCUGCAGGCACGGAUGCCCAGCCGAUGCCAGCCCUGCGGGGCACUGAUGCCAGCCCUGCCAGCGCCAGGGAGUGCCAGGGACGCUCGGAAAAGGACCUGACCAAGAGCCAGGCCCAGGAAGCUGCAAAGAGCUUUUACUGAGAGGUGUGGGGGCAGCGGGAGCAGAGAGGGUAUCCCUGGGGGGAUGGACCCCAGGGACACACGCCCAGAGCUCGGUGUAAAUAGCACUUUUACAUACCUCCUCCUGGCCCUGGCUGAGCCUGCUCAGGGCACCGCAGGCACCGCUGGCCUUUUACAA